GUUGAAGCGCUCACCUCCACUCGUCCAUUUCGUCAAAAGUUGUACAACAGAGAGGUUUGGACUGGUUCAGCGCUGGUCAAUCUUUUGUUGAUUAUCUCGACCAGAAAACUCUUCUCUUCAAUCGAAGAUAAAUAUGGCUGCCGUAGCUACCAAGGACAUUGAGAAGCCGGUCGUUGAGACCGCGACCGUGCACCGCAUCCGUAUCACGCUGACCUCCCGGAAUGUUCGCAGCCUGGAGAAAGUGUGUGCCGAUCUGAUUGCCGGAGCCAAGAAGCAGAAGCUGCGUGUGAAGGGUCCAGUUCGCAUGCCGACCAAGAUCCUUCGCAUCACCACCCGUAAGACUCCUUGCGGUGAGGGUUCCAAGACGUGGGAUCGUUUCCAGAUGCGCAUCCACAAGCGUAUCAUCGAUCUGCACUCGCCAUCGGAAAUCGUGAAACAAAUCACCUCGAUUAACAUGGAACCUGGUGUAGAGGUUGAGGUGACGAUUGCCGACCCAUAAGCUACUGCAGUACCAAAAGCUCCCGAGCAACAGCAUCGUGUGAUCGGGUUCUCUCUCUGUCACUGGUGGCUCGACCGCAUGGUAACGUUCGUUACUUCACCCACCAUCAAUGGAAGUAGUGAGUGUUACCGUGUAUAAAACGUUCGGUUACUUGCACUAACAUCCAAGUAUAGUAACCAAACAACAAGCCCCUUUUCUCCGUGUACAUUUGCUUAUUCCUGGUAGAGUUACCAUCGACAAGGAAUGUAGCAAAUUACACGGAAUAAAAAGAAAACAAAGUAUUUAAACGUUUUUUACGUUAAAAGGGCAAA